CACAUCUCAUUGCGGGUUCUCUCUUCUUUCUCCGUCUAAGCACAUCACCCACUGCCUCCCACAACCUGCGUUUCUCGGUCCAGAAGCAAUGACGCAGUCUCUGCCCUCUCCUCAACGUCGGCCAACAGGGGCGCACAAUGUUGCAUAACCGUGAGUGUCAAUUCGGAAUUCUUCCGCUACCCAUUCCAAACGUCCAACCCUCAGGUCUCCCUCUCCACACGCCUGCAAGAUUUGCCCACGAUCGAUGCUCUGCGUCAAGAUGAGCCAGGCCAUGAGCACAUGACCCCGUUCUAACCGCGUCCAAUGCUAUCAGAUGCUCCGUCCGCUUCCAACGAGCCCUCAAUCUUCCCCCUCGAUGGCCCCGGACCCGAACAGGUUUCCCAACCUUUGCCCAAUAAUGGCCGUCCACAACUCGCUCCCUCGAUCCAUACCAGAGACACAUCGGUGACGAGAGGCAGGCCUCAACAAACCUCGACACAGCCAUACCCUUCCAGUGUCGCGGCCUCAUCGCGUUCAGGCUCGGUGCAGCCCCAGCCACAUGGUUCAGAGUCAUCCGUGAGCUCAAGAGGUGGAUCCACAAUUGAUACCGCUCUGCAACGGCGGACGUCAAACAGUUAUGGCCAUCACCGCCAGACAUCCGUCAUUCAUGGCCUGCAGCACUCGAGAAGCCCCAGCUUCAACUCUCCCUCGACCUCAAGCCCUCUGACCCCGGACUCAUUGCUGAGCGCCCCCAGCUAUGGAAGAUACCCGAAUGCGAAUCGACGCGGCCAGCACUCUAGUGCCGAGAAUACCUCGACCUACACCAGCCCCGUCUCUCCAUAUCAAGGUCAUGCGCAGGGGCAUUCCAUUGAUUCCCUGAUCGAUGGCGGCUCCUCGAUGCAUGAGUCUUCUUCCUCCCAGCACAGGAGGCGCAAGGAGCAGUCCCGAACAAGACGCGGCCAGCAGGGUCAUGCAUAUCACUCGUCCAGUAUCCACCAGCAACCAGAACCACGUACUCCUGGCGAGUACGCGCUGUACCACCUUUUCCAUGCAUUUGUACUGCGGGCUGAUCAGAGAAUCAAUCACUGCCUUACUCUACUAGACAGUGCUGUCGCGCCAGUGGAGCAAGCCUGUGGUCCGGGAGUGGACGUCGGGUUUGACCAAUUGAUAGCUUCGCUUGGACAUAUAUCUCGUCAAGGUCCAAAGCCUUUGGUGGAUUCUUUGAUGCUCUGGCGGAAGGGAAAGGGUGAUGCGGCGGCCAAUUUGAAGAAGCAGGUCUAUCAGCAGAGACUACAAGCGGGUCUCACCAAUUCGUCUCUGCCCCCUUCACUGCCCAGACGUCAUACAGAACCUCUCCAGGUUUCAGGAGAGAAUGGUCUCCCACAAGUCGGCACCGAACAGAGCUCUUCCACGGAAGAUGCACUUACGCAGGAGUAUCUGCUGGCAGAUCGCCGCGCCACAAUAUCAGUCUAUAUCCUCUGCCGAGUCCUAAUUGCAAUUUUCGAACAGAGCAGUCUAGCUGCGAUAACUCAAGAUCUGGCCAACAAGCUUGAGGACAUCUUAUUCACCCAGAUCAGGGAGGUCGAACCAUCGCAGAUCUUGUCAUCGACCAUUCGACUUGCCAACUGGAAGAUUUACGGUGAAGUCUUAGGUCACAUGAGUCGCCUGGACUUUGUCAAUGUCACGUUCCGAUUUACACAGCAACUUGAACAAUGGCAAUUGGACUUUUCAAAAAGUCCAGGGACUGCUACGGCCAGAGAUAUCGAGUCUCGUCUCGAAUUACUCCUGCUGGGUAUGCGCCAUCUCCAUAUUUCUGUUACGAGAGAAGCCGCCUUUAGUGUCGCCGAAUUCCUGAGGACCCUUGCCGCCCUGUUCUCCGACGCACAUGGACCUCGCGUGAAGCAAGCAUAUUGCCAGCUCUUCGAGCGCAUGCUGACGGCGGUGGCAAGUAAUCCCGAGUAUUUUCAGACCCUGCCGAAAUGGAAAGACUUUAUAGAGACCGUCAACUCGCGCCUCGGAAAUAUGUUAGUCAAGGUUCGUCAUUGGAAUACUGGCUUUCCAGUGUCGAUUCUGCUCAUCUGCGUUUCGCCCAUCGAUGUGUUCUCCACGCAGUGGCUACCAACGAUCAUGAACCUGGCCCCGAAACUCAAGGAUCGGUCAACACGAGCUCUGGCUUUGCGAGCAAUCUGUCAGCUGGUCUGGACCUACCUCACACGCGUUGCGGAGACCACCCAAGUAAAAUUGCGUCGGCUGGAAGACAUCAUCAAAAUCACGAUUCCGCAAGGGAGAAAGACCCAUGUCGUCUCAGAGCCAUCUACCGCCCACCCAUUAGUCCAAUUCAUCAGAAUCAUUGGCUUUGCGGCUCAAGACCUCUGCUUUCGUUCUAUUAUCUUUCCUCUUCUACAUUAUGACAUGUUCCAAAUGAGUCGAAGCCUCAAGAUUGAAAACAUGGAGCCAGAACGAAUGGUUAUUGGCAUACGAGCAUUUCUAGCCGUCAUGGCCGACUUGGAGAAAAAUAGCACAAGCGGCCCGCCAUUCCCUGCCUUCACUGUUCAAUCGCAGAAUGUCGAUGGUCUACCCUCGUCGCCCGGGAGCAGGAGGACGAGUCUGGGGAUCGAUUCACCGCUUCGACCUCGAUUUGAAGAUGAGAAUCCCUCUUCGUUGCCAGUGAACACCGCUGUCUUGGACGAAAAUGCUAGGCAAUAUUAUCUGCAGUUCUGCCAGAUCUUGGGCAAGAUCACGAUCCUCUGCGACAACACUUUCGGUGGACAAGCUACGUUGAACGAGAAACUCUCCUCGACGAACGUGACCCCGAAGACCCCUCUCGCUGAUGCAUUCACGUUAACCCGCGGCCAAGAGGGAACGGCUACAGACCAGCGCCAAUCAUUCUACGAACUGCUACAUGUCGCCAUCCAAGCUCUUCCCCGCUGCUUCACCGAUCACAUUCCCUUGAGUCCGUUGAUCAACCUUUUAUGUACAGGCUCUGCGCAUGUACAAGCCAAUAUAGCAGCCUCUGCCACACAAUCUUUGAAAGCAAUUGCUAAGCAGGGUCACGCUCAAGCCGUAGCGAUUGCCUUUCCACGUUUCAUUUUCCACUAUGACUCCCAGUAUUCUACAAUGUCGGACGAGGGCCGUCUUGGACCGGCGCAUAUCGAGUCGACGUUAACGCUAUAUCUCGAAUUGUUACAAAUUUGGACAGAGCAGCUCAAGCAGAAGGCAGUGGCAAGCUCUUCAGAAACAAGAGACCGAUCAAUCCCGGGCUCCCACCGAGCCUUGCAAAUGGAACUCACACAUGUCAUCCCGCAUGUGGAUGAAAUCGAAGCCUAUGGAUUGUUCUUCCUUUGCUCGCAGUCUCGCCGCGUGAGAGCGUUUGCUAUCAAGGUGUUACGACUGGUUGUUCAAUUUGAUUCGGUACUCGGUCAAGAGGUACCAUGUAGGAUCAUAAAACUUCUUGAGGAUCAGUCUUCGACAAUUCUGGACUUGCAGGAGGAUGCGCUCAAUGUCGCGGAACGCAGCCGAUUGCAGAAGGACAAGCGCACUGGCCCCGGGCAAAGCACACUGAUCGAGAUCUGCAGCUCUGAAGUGUCCUACGAUUCGACCCUUUGGUUCAAGGCUUUCCCUAAUCUGAUCCGCGUUGUGUUUGACGCAUGCCCAAAUGCCAUCGCCUUGUGCCGUGGGACAGUCACGGACAGAUUAAUGAUGAUGCAGAACGAUAUCGAGGCCUUUUCAGAGACAAAUGGUGCAAAUGCGGCCAUAUAUGAAUAUCGCCUGCAGGGACGAAGCUCGGCAACAUCCGCAGAAGUGCUCUUUGAGCAGUGGAAGUUGUAUCUUAUCAUGGCUUGCGUCACUCUAAGCUCUCCAGGUGGCCAAUCUAAGAGCCAGCUUGCCGAUGCUGCUGCUCAUUCAAGGAAAACAUCCAAGAGUGCCGCAACAGCACAGGACAAGAUGAGUUCUGCCCGGGCGUUGUUCUCCGCUAUUAUUCCAAUGCUUGGUGCCGCGCCUGACGCUAUUCGUGACGCGGUGGUCUCUGCUCUUGGUUCCAUCAACCGCAAACUUUGCCGCACACUUCUCGAAUCGCUCCAGUAUGCAGUGAUUAAGUGCAACGAUGAGGCAAAGGCGAGAAUCAACCAUCAGAGAACUCCAAGUAGCCCACAGCGAUCUCAGCAAACUGAACGACUCCGGACCGAGGUUACGCAUGUUUACAAGCUCACAGCAGCCUUUUUGCGAUAUGAUGACAUCUACGAAGACGACUGGAUCCUGCAUAACCUUGUCAAUUACACCAGGGAUCUACGCAUCUUUCUGAGUGAUACUGAUGUGCAGAAUGACUGGCGGUUCCAAAAAUUGAGGUAUCAUUUCUGCGGUUUGGUGGAGGAGGUCUUCGAAGGUGUCAACAGAUCCAAGGCGCCAUCCCGCUGGAUGCCUUUCGAAUCGAGAAAGUCUGCAUUUGCCUUGAUGGAAGACUGGUGUGGUUACUCUGCGGAGCGGAAUUUGAUGGAUCCCAAUCACGGCCAUUCUCGCGAUUUGCACGAUCGGAUGAACGCAAGCGCUGCUCUUGAAAAAGAGAAGAACAACCUGAGAGUAGCCGCUCUGAGCGCAAUGGCGACCUUGUGUGCUGGCCCGAUCAGCAUCAAAACUGACAGUAACGCAAUCCUGUCAUUCAAUCUUCAACGCAUGCUCUCAUGGAUUGAUACAAUCUUCGCAACCAACAACCAUAAGAUGCAUACUAUCGGACGACGAGCACUUAAACUCCUUCUCAUGCAUAACCCGGAACAUCUUGUACUUGCCGAACAUGCUAUCGAGCAAUGUUACCGGACCGAGUCUUCAAUGGCGUUGGAAAGCUAUUUUAGUGUGGUUUCCGAGGUGCUCAUUGACCAACCGGACUAUCCUCUAGCCUUUUGGAAAAUUCUCAGCAUCAUUGUGUUCACAUUGGGAAAUGAAAACCGUGAAAUCAGAAUGCAGUCGGCGCAUCUGAUUCGCACUCUGGACGAACGCCAACACAAGAGCACCAAUCUUCAGGAGUUCGACAUUAGCAUUUCCGACAAGACGCGUGCUGUAUACAAACUGGCCCAAUUCGAAUACUCCAAGCGACUUGCCAAGGCCAACCUAGACAUCGCAUUCAUGAUCUUCUCCGAGUUCUCGCUGCAUUAUAAAUCUGCACGGAACGAUCAUCAGCGUAAUAUGGUCGUCGCCAUCUUACCAUGGUUGCAAACACUCGAGCUCCAGGUCGACCCGGGGACGGGAUCUCCAACUGCCGCGUCGUAUAUGCUUCUGGCUAACAUGUUCGAGAUAACGAUUUGCUCGAGCAGCGCGAUGCAUAACGAAGUACAAGCCUUAUGGCAAGCUCUGUCAACCGGCCCUCAUGCAGGAAACGUGCAACUGAUUCUUGACUUCAUUAUUUACCUUUCGCUGGAUCGCCGUGAUCAGAACUUUGUCGAAUACGCAAAGCAAAUCGUCGUUUAUCUGUCUUCCACUCCCGCCGGUUCACGAGUGCUGGAAUUUUUCAUGUUGCAACUCACUCCGAAGAACAUGGUCAACGACAGAAAGCAUGCUGAUGUAGUGAUGCCUGAUACGAGAAACCUUCCCUAUGUCGCUGAUUUGACUUCUCUUUUACCUAUGGGCAACAAACAGGUUGGUCUUUCUCUUGGACAAGUCUCCCUGAUUUUCCUGGUCGACCUCAUGGUCACUCCGGUGACCAUGGCCAAAGAUGAAGCGAUUAAGCUCAUUCACACUGUCCUCAUCCUUUGGGACCACUACACAACGUCAGUUCAGGAACAGGCAAGGGAGAUGCUAGUCCACCUCGUACACGAAUUGGUAACGACAAAGAUUGACUCGCAGAUGCUUAGCUCUGCCAAGUCAAACAUUGAAAGCCUUGUUGCGGCAGUUCGAAGCAACAGUUCUCGGAUAAGCUGGACUUACGAGAGCAACACGAGAAAAGACGAGGAUGAUGGCGCUAGCCGGGUGCCGCAUGCGAUGGGGGUCCUCACCUCUGAAAUUGUUAACAUUUUCAACCUCGCAUUUGACAACUUCAGCGACAGUUGGGCUAAAGAAGCACUGCACUGGGCCUCUAUCUGUCCAGUCCGGCAUUUGGCCUGUCGGUCAUUCCAAGUCUUUCGCUGCAUCUCUGUCAGCCUGGAUGCUAGGAUGCUUGCGGACAUGCUUGCUCGACUUUCUAACACGAUUGCCGACGAGCACACGGACUACCAGACCUUUUCGAUGGAGAUUUUGACGACACUGAAAGUUAUCAUUGGAGCACUGGAACCCAAAAACCUCCUGCGAUAUCCACAGCUCUUCUGGACGACAUGCGCUUGUCUCAAUACCAUUCACGAAAGGGAGUUCUAUGAGACCUUGGGAAUGCUCGAGAAAUUCCUCGACAAGUUGGAUUUGUCCGCUCCGGAUGUCACAGAGGCUAUGAUGAAGGGGCUGCCCGGAAAAUGGGAUGGCGGUUUUGAGGGGCUACAGCCACUACUCUACAAAGGGCUGAAAUCUGCUGACAGCUUGGACAAGACUCUUUUCAUCCUUCACAAGCUCGCAGACCUGCCAGAUUGCCAAUUGGUUGGCAACGACAAUCGUCUCCUCUACUGUGUCCUGGCAAACCUGCCACGGUGGCUCCGAAGCUUUGAGCUGGAUGAGCCCGAGGUCAUGACGAUAGCUUCUGCGCAAAGACUUGCAAAAGUGGCAAGCGCUGCUGGUCAUGAUCUUCUCUCGGCUUGUCUUCGGCGUUUCGCCAAUAACGAAAUGACAUCAAGUCAGGAGAUGCUCACCACAGCCAUUCAAGCCAUGAAGGUAGCGUAUUUCCCGGGAUGUGAUGCCCCAAGUUUGAUCUUCAUGAUCGGACUGUUAACCAAUAAGACACCAUGGUUCCGGGUUAAGCUGAUGGACAUUCUCUGUGAGCUGAUCCCGAUUGUGAACAUGAAGAGUCAUGCCAUCACAACACAUGGACCGGAUCUUAUCUCUCCAUUGUUGAGGCUGUUGCAAACUGAACACUGCACACAAGCUCUGGAAGUGAUGGAUUAUAUCAUGGAGGUUGCAGCUACGCCCAUGGAAAAGCAUCACAUGCGGAUGAGCAUGGCUUCUGGUUCAGCGAAAGCCAUCAGAAAAGAGUAUGAGCGGACACAGAGCCUGUACGGGAUCCCUCACUCAUCCGGCUGGUCUAUCCCGACGCCGGCGAUCUAUUCUAGCAUGACGAGGCACAAUGUUCACGCGGUGUUCUAUACAUGCGGCGACUCGGAAUUCUUGAAGGAUCAGGAGACCACCACCCCAGAUGUUGAGUUUCAAGGUGACGACGGCUACACGGAUUCAUACUUCCCGCCACAGAGUCGUGCAGAGACCAUCCGAUCACUGGAAGCGGCCGCGGAUACCAAUGUCAGUGACCUGGUCAAUACUCUUGACAGCCUUGACGAUUUCUUCGACGACGUCGAGGGUGACGACGUGCUCACUCCAACCGGAGCCAGUCAGCUUGGAGUUUCUGCAAUCACCAUUCCAACUCUUACUGAACAGAGCACGGCAUUGUACGACGAGCAGACAGCUCCAAUUCUUCGUCAGAGUUUAGCACGGACUGCAUCAACGACGACGGUGCAGGAUGGUUUUACCGAAGCCGGACCCCUCCCUGGCAUUACCCAUCGAACGCAGCCUAGUCUGUCUUCUCCAAACUCUACGGCAGCCACACAAUCCUCCUUCUCUUCGAUCGAUGAGCUGGGAGGUCCGGGACCUUCAUUGCCCAGUUCUACCAAAAAACCAAUGCUUCAGAGCGUAAUCAACCCGGUCAACUAUACGCGACCUGGACUCCACGCCAGAUCAAUCACUUCUCCAGCGAACCAAUUUCCGGUGUCACAGCCCACUUCAAGUGGAAUGGCUCCCAUGUCUGAAGGAGUUCCUCUCAGGCCUCAGGAUGACUACGCUGAUCAGUAUGAUGAGGUCAUUCUGUCGGAUGGAGAGAACAGUCCGUUUCCCUCGCUGAGCAUGACCAUGUCAAACCAGGCCGCCAAAGUUUUGUCAGGACCAGGGCCCUCCGAAUAUCAGACGACCCCAACCUCCGCGACCGAGACCGGAGGCGCGUUCAGCCUGCAAGGGAUGCGAAGGGGCAUGCGGCGUCUCACCGGCGGUAAAAGUGAAAGCCAAAAGGAGAAGGAGAAGAUCAAAGAUCUGGCACGCUUACGGGGGCAAUCUGGAGGGCAGGUUCAAGUGACAGGGGCGCUGCAGAGUCCCCGGGUUCCAAGAGUCCCUCCGGAGUAUCUCAAUGCCCCCAAUGCGACCGGAAUCAGCCCAACCGGGAGCCCUGGAGUUUGAAGACAUGUGGGAAUUAAAAUUCUGUUUUGAAUUUCCGUUUCUUUCAGCACGACAACGAUACCCAUAAUAGAGCAUCACGGAGCAUGACAGCAGUAUCAUCGGCGUUUCUUGUGCAUUUUCACCGACCUCAAUGUGUCUGUGUACCAUAUACAAAGGGUAUUCUCGAAGCGAAGACAAAAAAGCUGAGUUUGUAUAUUAGUUUUAGCAAUUGCAGGCGCCCAAGGAAGAGAUGUACCACCCCAAAAGGCUUUCGAACUCAUCGCGAGAUUCUCAUUCUGUUCAAACUCGCUCUUUGUGAUCAGUUGGUGACAAUUUGC